AUGUCUGAAGGAAAUACACCUGCUGAAAAGCCAGCAUCACAUGGUAGUAGUGGCAAUAAGCAUAGAAGACCAAGGCAUGGCAGAAAUAAGCAGAAAAAGAACGGGAAAGACUCAAAUGAUUCCAAUAGGGGACCAAACAGAAAUAGCAAGAACAGGAGUAGAAAAAACAAGAAGAACAACAAAAAUGGAAACGGACGGCAGCUUUUUCUAGAGAUAAAGAAGCUCACAAACGAGAUCAAACCUAUUACUGUGAAUGGAAAAGUAGUGGAGGAUAUAUCUGAAAGUGUGAAUGAUCACAUACACAGUCUCAUAGAAGACAAAGCAAAUGAGGAGAGCAUAUAUCUGACGUUUAUGAUCCAGCCGUCGGAUCCAGAUUUCCCGUAUGAUUUGGAUUUCUUGAACGUUUCAUUAGAAAUCCCGCAAACAUAUCCAAAGCGUGCACCUUCUCCCACAAUAACGGUUUUAAACGAUGAAAUUCCAAAAGGAUUCAGCGCAAACAUUGAGAUUGGAUUUAGGCAGAUAGUUGCAACAGUUCUACAUAACAGGAGUGCAGGGAAAGGCUCUAAAAAGGGAAAUGAAUCGAAUUCGGAUAAGCAGGAAGAAGAAAUAAAGGUUGUGGGAGGGAACGACUUACUGGGAAUGAUGAAGACAUUGGACAAGUAUCUUGAAAAAUUCCUUUCGAUGAAAAGGCGGGAGACAGUGAAGAUCGUGAAAGUGAUUAAGAAGUAUGAUGAGGAUGCUAAAGCCCAGGAAUUGGAGAAAAAACGCCGGCUGGGGGAGAAAAAGAGAAAGAAGCAGCUAGAAGCACAGGCAGUAGAUGAAGAGUCAUUAAAGAAGAGAAACGAGGAGGUCGAGAAGUUUAAGCAAAGGUUACAGGACAGCAAUUUGAGGAUAUUCAAAGACAACUCGAAAGCAACAGUGUUCAAACUCGAUCUCGCUUUUCAGGAGGAAAGCUUUUCGAUAGAGAUAGAAAACAGUAAAGAGAUCACAUACGAUAAGCUACCUGUGAAGUUGACCGUUCCUAAAGCAUACCUCAGCAGCCUUAAAAAGCCGUUGAAGCUCGAAUUGGACAUGUCGAGCCAGUAUAAUCUUAAGAUGAUGUCAUCGCUUGAGGAUCAGAACUCUCAAGUGAUAUUUGGCAAGUUGAUAAAUAACAUGGCUGCCAACUUCGAUUAUAUGGCUUCUGACGUUGCAAAAAUCAACUGUGGUGAUAACACAAAUGAGUUGCGGAGCAUAACUUCUCAGCUUAAUGAAUUUAUAGAGAACAUCCAGAAGUUUAUUGGUAUGAGAGCUGAUUUUGUCAAAUGGUACGAGGAUCGCAAGAUUCUCAACAAGAAGUUGCUGGUCGAGCAGCAAACAGAUCGUUAA